UCUUUUUUCUUUUUCUUUUUUUUUUUUGUUCUUUUUUUUAUUAUACACACACUUUUCAUAUACAUAUAUACGCAAUGCUUGGUUUAAGAGACUUAUUCUCAAUCAAAGGUAUUGUCUCCAUUUCGCUACUGACAUUUCUAGUCUGGCUACUUGGAGAUUACUCACAGUGGAAAGCAAAACGAUCAAACACCGACUCUGUAACCAUAACAACCGCAACCGCGACAGCAGCGACAGCAAGUGCAGAGUCAGAGACCACGACUGCUGAAGAAGAGAAACAAAAAUCGAUCGAAAAGCUGUCACUAGCACACUAUAUUUUAGUAUCACCGUUUGCAGCCAUCUAUAUUUUGGGUAGAGUGAUUUUAGACGCAAUCCGAUAUAGCCUCUAUUAUGCAAUAUGGUGGUGCGAGAAAUCGAUGCCAUAUAUUGAUGACUGGUUAUACGACACGAUGACUAUUUGGGUACCACAGAAAUACAAUCAACUGGAAAGCUGGUGGGUGAGGAAAGGAAAGCCAGGAUUUAUUCUACGCAAGCAAUACUUUUUAAAUGAGACGUUACCAACCGUGGUUGAACAUUGUGAAAUAACGAUGGUCAAGGCGUAUCAAAUUGGGUGUAUUGUGGCAUCCUCGGCACAAGACUUUAUAGAUGCUUGGAAACGAUUCGUUCAGCGACAUGACUGGCGUCAAUUGGUUACAGAUUUAAGCGAUGUGGCAUGUACAGUGAUUUGGAAUCCCUCCGUUUGGAUUGUGACACGAUCAAUAAGACUUGCGAAAUUAGUCUAUCACGGAUUACGUUCCGCCAGUAUUUCCAUUCGAGAUGAUAUUCUAUGGGUGUCCACAGUCAUCCUACCCUCCAUUUACAAUUACAUGGCAACCACAAGGCUUGCCAAAUUACUCAUCCGUGGCCUUCAAACACUGACAAGAGGCAUACACUAUGUGUGUCUGGGAGUCCAUGGAUACUUGUUAGUGCCUACUUUAGGUCGAUUCUUGACUUGGUUAGUAAAAUCAAUUGAUCUACUGAUUUUAUUGUUACAAGACCAUACACUACAACAACGACUAUGGCGGGUGUAUCAGUGGACAGCGCCUAAUUUAGUUUGGAGUUUAGUAGAAGUGGGCGAGAUUGUGACAGAUAUUGCAAGAUGGAUGCAAGUUGCGUAUGUUGAGCUAUUACAGCCAGCGUAUGUACUUUUUAUGAAACGAGUAGUCCCACGGUUAGCAAUUGCAUAUCAGGAGAUAGUGGUUCGAUGGGUAUAUGAAUUGCAUCUUUAUCCUGCAUGGGUAAACAUCUAUCCUUAUUUGAACGGGCCACUGUUAUGGGCUUAUACUAAUCUGACAGUACCCGUGCUGAAUGGGGUGUAUCGGUGUGUUGCUAGUGUUUCGGCUUAUGUAACACAACACUCUCUAGUUAAAUUACAGGCAUUUCUCAGCAUGGCGAUUGAAAUUUCCGUGCGCUAUUCCCAAACCGUGUACACCAUUGUCCAAUCAUGGCUGAUUAGACAAGCACCCGUACUAUCCAGUCUGAUUCAGAAAUCAUACACACUAAUGAUCAAUGCUUGCGAUUGGAAUGGCCUAAGACAGGACACUCUGAUCAUUAUCUCUCAAUUGUAUACAUGGACAAGUCAUCAAUCGGACAUGAUUUAUCUCUCACUGGAAAGAUCAUUAAGCAACUGGGCAAAAGAACAAGGCGUGAAAGAGAAAGAAUUAUGAAUUGAAGGGUAGAAUUUUUGUUAAUUUAAAAAUCGAAAUUAUAUAUUAAAUAUUAGUUCCGAAAA